GGUCCUUUCCAACUCUAAAUUUAUGAUACUAAGAAUCCUAAUUUCAUAAGUCAAUUUGGUAGUAGGGAGGACCGUUUUCUAGAUACUUAGGAAUCCACUCUGUGUAAGGAAGACAGUGAUCCUCAUUUGGGAAUUUCAGGUCAGGAUUUCCUUACGUUUCUUUCUCCUUCAGCUCUUCCUACUCCCUAGAUUCCUAUCUUUCCCAAAGAGAAGAUCCAAGAAGACCAGGAGAAGGUGGUCAUGCCUCUGAUGGCCAAGGUCUUGGAUUCAAGACUACAAUUGUGAAUGAUGAAAGAACUCAAAAGCAGGAAAUUUCUGAAGAAGUAAAAUUCCAGGAAAUAACAGCUAAAGGACUCCAAAGAAAUAUUUUGCUGGUACCUGAAUUAGGAAUAAUCUGUGAGUGGGAGAAAAGAUUAAAAGAGCAACAAAGAAAUGAACAAUGGAAGAAAGCAAGAAAAGAAGAGCGAGAUUUCAUACAUUGCAUAGUUAAGGAUAAGAAGACUCCAGAGAAGAAAGGGGUCAAAAAUGUGAGGAGAUUGAGGAAGGCUUUAAUUUCAUUUCUAAUCCUGCUAUAAAUCAAAGAAUUUCUAGAUGCCAGAGAGACUAUGAGUGUGAAGCAUGUGGAACACAGUUCAACCAGAGUCUUCAUCUUCUCAGUCAUAAGAAAAUUCACAGUAGCAAGCGUCCAUAAAAGUGUAAUGAUUGUGGGGCACUCUUCAGUUACUGGCCCCCCCUGCUGGUACAUGAGAGAAUGCAUACUGGGGAGAAACCCUGUGAGUGUAGUGAGUGUGACAAAGCCUUCACUAAUAAGAGCAACCUUGUUGAUCAUCAGAGGAUUCACACUGCAGAAAAACUGUAUGAAUGUGACGAUUGUGGGAAGACUUUAUUUUUGAGGAAAAGUUUCAUUGAGCAUCAGAAGGUCCACAACUGGGAGAAAGCAUAUAAAUGUAAUGAGUGUGAUAAGAUCUUUAGUUACAGAUCAAAACUUCUGGUACAUCAGAGAAUCCACACUGGAGAGCAACCCUAUGAAUGUGAUGAUUGUGAUAAAGCCUUCACUAGUAAGAGAAACCUUCUUGAUCAUCAAACAAUCCAUAUUGGGGAAAAACCCUAUCAGUGUAAUGAGUGUGGAAAAUUUUUCAAACAUAGCUCAGUUCUUAUUUGCCAUCAGAGGAUCCAUACAGGGGAAAAGCCUUUUGAAUGUAAGGAAUGUAACAAAACUUUCAAAUGUAGUUCAAUUCUUACUUGUCAUCAGAGGAUCCACACUGGGGAGAAACCCUUUAAAUGCAAUGAAUGUGAAAAAACUUUCAAACGCAACUCAGAUCUUACUUGCCAUCAGAGGAUUCACACUGGAGAGAAACCCUUUAAAUGUAGAGAGUGUGGGAAAACAUUCAAACGCAGCUCAGAUCUUACUUGCUAUCAGAGGAUCCAUACUGGAGAGAAACCUUAUAUGUGUAAUGUGUGUGGAAAAGCCUUUGCUACUAAACCAAAUCUUACUGGCCAUCAGAGAAUUCAUACUGCAACAAAACCGUAUGAAUGUAUUAAGUGUGGAAAGGCCUUUAAAUAUAGCCAAAACCUUGCUGCACAUCAGAAAAUUCACACAAGGGAGAAAACUUUAAAAUAUUAUGAAUAA